CUGUACAUCAGAAGAACAGAGGGAAGGAAGGGAGGCAGGCACUAAAGUACUGACGAGGGACCAUGAAACAGGAGACAGCAAGAACUGAGAGGAGAGAGUUGCCGUCCCCUUCCUUUCAGAUCUCCCGGUAGUGAUAUUGCUUGCAGUGAUGCUCAGGGAACAGGCACCUGCUGCUCUGUAAUGAUUCAGCCUCUUUCUGCCGGCGCUUGUGCACAACAGGAUGCUGUUGCUACUGUCACUGCUGCCGCCGCCGCUGCUGCUGCUGCUCCCCUUCUUACUGGUUUUCCUUUUGCUCCUACUGCAUGACGGCUGUUUUCUCCUCCAUAUAAGCAGCCACAAGCCUCAGAUGCUCAAGGUGAGAAGCUAGCCUUUCCCUCUGGGCUGUUGGUUCACUUAAAACAAUUUGUUCAAGGUUGCAGCGUUUAUUUGUGUCCCAUCCUUUCGGCUCCCUGAAGAAUUUGAAUGGUUUGAGGAUAAUUGAAGGGAUUAUAAAGAGAAAGUAUUUAAAAGUGAAGUCGGAAAGAAGCUGAAUCAUUCUGAGAUGCUGCGUGUCUCCUUUUAAAUUGUUUGAGAGGAUGUUUCCCCCUCUUUUUUCCUUUCCCUCCUUUAUUUGGAUCAAAUUCAGACUCUUCAA